UGAAGCUCAGAUACCGUGUUCCUGUAUUUCCAGGCAUCCCCCCAUGCAACAGAGCACACCAGUCGCCCAUGUUCCAACAUACAUCAGGGUUUUAAUGGUAAUUCUGCCUUGGUGUAAAUUGCCCAUAAGGCUCGUAUAAUCCCACACGACGAGCCCUGUCCACGCACGCAACCGUACGUCUUACCCCCUUCUGGUCCCCUUCACCUCCAAUGGUGCCUGUCUGCUGUUGAAUAUGACCCAUUGGUCUUCCAACCCACAUCAACCCAAGACGACGACCAUCUCACGAAGACUUAGGGACCGUGCCAACCAGCAUUUGUCUGUUCAGCCACCAGAAAUUCCACAAAUAAGGGGGCCUUAUUCGUGCCGUGCCGCAACCUUGCCAACGCCCCGCCACAAUCCCAUUGAUUAUCAGACGCCCGGUUCGCACCCACCUUCGCUAGCCUGGAAUACCUCACACAUUCUCGACGACACCUCACACAAUCGUUCUUCUCAGUCAACUUCCUCUGCCCAGGAUCGAUUCUUGGACUCCACGAGCACGCAAAUCGCACACUUCUCUCUCCACGAAUCUCAUCCAGGCUCAGACUCGACAGUCGUGCCUACUGCUAGUAACCAGAUAGUCCGCCCUGAUCAUACCCUGCCAACACAAAGUCAACAAAACCCCACGUCGCCGACAUUGUCUACAUCUACCGCGCACUCUCUCCAACAUCAAUCACUAGCAGACUUUGAGCAGCCGCACGAGCCAAUCCUCGAGUCACAAGAUAUGAGCACCUUGGGCUUCAUGAUGCCUUCUUCGCAAUAUGGUAUGGGCCAUUACGGUUCUUCCCAAACGUCCUACGCGCCUGGCUACCCGCCACCCCAGCCCUAUGGAGAACCAAGGGCUUCGGCGCCAGGCCCAUAUGGCCCACCUUACUCUUCCAGUCCAGUCCCAAAUGAAAGUCAACAAAGAAGAAGCGAACAGCAUGCAGUCCAACCGCCCUAUCCACCUCAGCACCCUUCACUUCCGCGAAGCCCAUAUGAGCAACACUCAUCGGAUCACAUGCGAGCCAACACAGCCUCUAUGGGUACCACCACGCACACCUACGCUUACUCCACCUCCCAUAGUACCAUCCCCAAUCAGCCGCUGGGGGGUAAUGCCUACCCGCCACCACAGCUUUACCCUCCCAGCUCCUAUGCCGUCAGUGACUAUCAUCCGUUACCAACUAUGUAUCCACCAAACAACACAGCGCCUGCUACAUACUCAACCUAUGACUCGCCAUCGAGCGCUCCAGUUUCUAAUGCAUCAGUCCCUGCACUCUCUUCGUCGCCGAGCACGCAAGGCAACCCAGUAAUGCCGCGAGUCAUCAACUCACGACCGAAACCUCAAUGCUGGGAGCAUGGAUGCAAUGGACGACAAUUUUCUACAUUCAGUAAUCUGCUGCGACACCAGCGAGAAAAGUCCGGAACUGCCUCCAAGAGCACCUGCCCCCGAUGCGGGGCUGAGUUUACCCGCACUACUGCAAGAAACGGACACAUGGCGCAUGACAAAUGCAAGCCACGCAGACCAUCAGAAGCAACCGGAUAGACGGAGAUCUUUGUUUCGACGUUCGAUUUGUCUGGGCAUUUUCAGCUUGCUGCAAGCGGCCGUGAGGCGCAAACAUAGUCGGCACAAGCCCGACAUUAUCAGAUACCGGGACACGGAUUAUCAAUGUCUCGAAGCGGAGAUGUGUGUCAGUACGCUAACGCGCAAGGGAAGCUUCCGACGUUUCGUGGAUAAGCCAGCUGGCCGAGUGAGAGACACU